CCUUACUGCUUAAUUGAAGCUUUGUGUGGGUGUUAUGUGGGCAAUGUGUGUAAGCCCUUGACCAUCUGUUUGUCAUGGUCUUUGAUAAAGGAGAAAACAAUGCAGCAGGAUAACAAUGGUGACGGCAUGUCACUUUUAUCUGCUGUCUAUAAUAGAACGAGGGAAAUGACUGAUAUAAUCUAAAUCAAUCUCAGUGGGAACGUUGUAAUGGACAAGAAACAAAAAGUCCUCAUUUUCAUGAUGCCAGCCUCUACACAUUAUAGACCUCAGUUCAGUGUAGGUAAUUUAUCUAUAGACAUUGUUUGUUUUCCCCACUGUAUCUAGCCACUGUAUCUAUUUUCCUAUGUCAUCUUCCCUAGGAGCUCUGAAUGGUAUUAGCCCAUUCGAAGGCUUAUCUUCUGAUUGCGAGGCAUUACACAGGAGACACCAGCUCGCCAAACGAGAGACACAGCCUCAGGACCAGACACUACAGCUGGACCCCAGAGCUUUUCACAGGACCUUCCGCUUGCGUCUGAGGCGAGACACGAUGGGAUUCACGGAGCCUUUUAAAGUCUUCUCUGAAAACAGAUCCAGUACAGCGGACCUCUUCCAUCUAUAUUCUGAAGAACUUGAAGAUGAGAGGUGUUCCUCCUGCCACAGCACUGUCAUCCAGGGCCAGUUUGAGGGUUCCGUCCUCACAACCAGUGGGACGUAUCAGGUAGAGGCCAUCCACAGAUACACCAGCCAGCCCUCACAACACCACUCCAUCAUCUACCAUGAGGACGACAUGGAUAAGAGGAUUGUUGAACAUCUAAUGAGUGUUCUUCUUAAAUGUAUAUCAAUGGUUAUAUUGCUUCCCCAAAAUGAUAUGGUCUAUUACUGUCACGCCCUGGCUCUGGGGACUCUCGUAUGUUGAGCCAGGGUGUUUAUUUUGUU